UGUACAAGAAACGUGCAUAAUCAGCAACCAAACCGCAGUGGCAGAGUGUGCUGCAGCAAUGGAAUAUGAAGCACCCACCUUCUCCCUUUUCACUGAACCACCACCACCUUCAUCAUCAUCAUCAAUCACCAAUCCCCAAUUCCCAAAUCUCCAAAACCCUAAUCCCAAUCCCAUGACUCUGAAUCCCCAAACCAGAACCACAAGAAGAAGAAGAACCGUUCUUCCCCCUUCCAUCGAAAUCAUCGACGUCGAUUCCAUCUCCUUCACCCGCCGCACGCCGCCCACCACCACCGUCAUCGAUCUCUCCGACACCGAAGACGACGACGACGACGACGUCAGAAUCCUCAAUUUCAUCCCCGCAAACACCCCUUUCGGCAAACGAAUCAAAAAACGCCACACCGAGAAAGCCGAAUCAUCAAAUGACGCGCCGUUCACCUGCGAAAUCUGCACGGACACCAAGACGGUGAGGGACUCGUUCGCCAUCAGCGGCUGUUCCCACGCGUACUGCUCCGAUUGCGUCGCCACCUACGUGCGGUCCAAGCUUGAGGAGAACGUGAUCAACAUCCGGUGUCCUGUUUCUGGAUGUUCAGGUUUGCUUGAGGCGGAGGAUUGUCGCGCGAUUCUCUCGCCGGAGGUGUUUGAUCGGUGGGGGACGGCGACGUGCGAGGCGUUGUUUGCGGUGUCGGAGAAAUUCUACUGCCCGUUCAAGGAUUGCUCUACGCUGUUGAUUGAUGAUGGGGCGGAGAAGGUUAUGGAAUCGGAGUGUCCUAAUUGUAGGAGGAUGUUCUGUGCGCAGUGUAAGGUGCCGUGGCAUGAUGGGGUUACGUGCGAGGAGUUUCAGAAGCUGGGGAAGGAUGAGAGGGAGAAGGAAGAUAUGAUGUUGAUGAAGCUUGCUAAGGAUCAGAAGUGGAAGAGGUGCCCCCAUUGCAAAUUCUAUGUUGCAAAAUCUGAAGGAUGCAUGUACAUGAAAUGCAGGUGUGGACAUGCCUUCUGUUACAACUGUGGAGCUCCUAACAAGAAUCCCAGCCAUCACUGCAACAAGUGUCAUCGCUAGCUACACUUGAAAGCAAGAUAUGUAAUAUAUUUUUUGCCUGGAGAAGACAUUUGCAGUAAGCAUUAGAAGAUUAUUGUAUCUGACCACAAUUAGGCCAGAUAUCAUUUAUGUACUUAUGGUAUACAACAACUUUGCAAAGUUCUCAGAUGGUGGAAGAAACUAUCAGAUCGAUGCCUUGCUGAUUCUGAUAUGCUUUUCUUUUAGUUUUUGGUCGAAAAACUAAGCUUUCAGUGACCGGAAUUGAGCAGAUAUGGAGAUACAAUUGGGCCAACAGUGCAUCCCUACUUAGAUACUGUCAAGCUCAGAAUCUUGGCCCAACAUGAUGACCAGCUCACAUCAUCUUAGUUUAGCCUAAUUGGAUUUGAUCAUGAACUUAUUAUUGUGAUAAAUUAUUUUCAUUUUGGUUUAGUUAUCUGGUUAGUUAUGGAGUAGUUGUUUUAA